GCGCACUUCCGGGGUGCGUGGGUGGGGUGGCGGUGCCAAGAUGGCGGUGCAGGCUGUGCACCUGGAGGCGGAUGCCUUCCUGGUCUGCCUCAACCACGCGCUGAGCACCGAGAAGGAGGAGGUCAUGGGGCUGUGCAUCGGGGAGGUCGACACCAGCAGAAUUGUUCAUAUUCAUUCUGUGAUUAUCCUGCGCCGUUCAGAUAAGAGGAAGGAUCGAGUGGAGAUUUCUCCGGAGCAGCUUUCAGCUGCUUCUACUGAAGCAGAGAGAUUGGCUGAGAUUACAGGACGUCCCAUGAGGGUUGUGGGCUGGUAUCAUUCUCAUCCACACAUAACUGUCUGGCCAUCUCAUGUGGAUGUUCGAACUCAAGCCAUGUAUCAGAUGAUGGACCAGGGCUUUGUUGGGCUCAUCUUCUCCUGUUUCAUUGAGGACAAGAACACAAAGACAGGCCGGAUACUUUACACCUGUUUCCAGUCAAUUCAGGCUCAGAAGAGCUCAGAAUAUGAGAGGAUUGAAAUUCCUAUUCAUGUUGUUCCCCAUGACACCAUUGGCAAAGUAUGCCUGGAAUCGGCGGUGGAGCUGCCCAAGAUCUUGUGCCAGGAGGAGCAAGAUGCAUACAGGAGAAUUCACAGCCUCACCCAUCUAGACUCUGUAACCAAGAUUCACAAUGGCUCAGUGUUCACCAAGAAUCUCUGCAGCCAGAUGUCCGCUAUCAGUGGUCCCCUCCUGCAGUGGCUGGAGGACAGACUGGAGCAGAACAAACAGCGAGUGCAGGAACUGCAGCGGGAGAAAGAGGAGCUCAUGGAAGAACUAGCUGCCCUGGAGUGAAGAGGAAACCCCAGACACUUUUCUCGUUUUUUUUUUUUUUUUUUUUUAAGUCAGUAGGAUUGGACAGGAAUGACAUGUGGCUGAUGUGUGGUCUGUCUUGCCUUUCUGUGAAGAUGCUAUUUGUUCCUCUCAUCUCGCUUCAUGUGACAGCUCCAAGACCGCUUCCACAAGAUGACAAAGGGCUCCCAUCUGUCUCCAGCUAGAUGGGAAAGACUUGUGCUGCCUAUGUGAAAAGUCCACUCUGAGUGCACAAAGGAGCAAUCCAGCACCACCCUCACUAGGGUAAUUCAGCAGCACGCUCUUGGGAAGAGACCAUAGCUCUAGGAGGGGGAUACCUAGUGAAUUUAUUUGGUUCCCCUCUCCCCUGUUAUUCAACACAAAUCUUUUUCCCUUUUAUAUAUAUUGCUGGGAGCCUGGAACCAGAGGAUCAUGGGUGGGGUAAUAGCUGCACUUCUACAAUGAUCAUGACAUCUCUGUUGUAGCAAAUAAAUCAAGCAACUCGCUAGUCAUGGUCAGAGAAGGGGCGGGGG